UUGUAUUUGUGGAAUAAUAACAUUGAUGAAGCCGGUGCUGCUGCUCUGGCUGAGUGUUUGAAAGAAAAUACAUCUCUGACAAAGUUGGAUUUGGAGAAAAAUAACAUUGGUGAUGCUGGUGCUGCUGCUCUGGCUGAGUGUUUGAAAGAAAAUACAUCUCUGACAAAGGUGUGUUUGGAGGAAAAUAACAUUGGCGAUGCUGGUGCUGCUGCUCUGGCUGAGUGUUUGAAAGAAAAUACCUCUCUGACAAAGGUAUGUUUAGAGGAAAAUAACUUUGGCGAUGCUGGUGCUGCUGCUCUGGCUGAGUGUUUGAAAGAAAAUACCUCUCUGACAAAGAGAAUUUCUGGGAGAGAAGUAGAAGAGGAAAGCGAGAAAACAAGAGGAGGGGAAAUUAAAGCCCGGGUCUCUACAACAGAAGACAACUUGGACUUUGACGAGAAGGAGCUUGGAAAACACAAAGGAAGUGAUCUACCUGAACUUGGAUUUCUCUCUGUUCAGCCCGGAGGCAGUAAACUCCGAGCUACUAGACGUUAUGGCUUUCUUCACAAGACUUUCCAAGAGUUCUUCGCCGCUUUGAAUCUCGUUUGUCAGCUUAUCAAGAAAGAAAUUAGCACAGACAGCAUAGCUGUUGACAGACGAUAUCGCCACGAGCUGAAAGAAGUGCUUCUGUUCACAUUUGGCAUUCUUGCCGCACGGUGCGAGGAAACAGCAGAGAACCUUAUGAAAAGUAUGGCGACACAGUUAAACCAGGAGGUCGGAUUUUCGGAACCCAGAAAUAGUAUAACUGUUAUAUUAAAGUGCAUUUAUGAAUGCAAAAAUGAAAAUUAUUUCGAUGUAAAAUUGGCCCGCACUCUUAGCCCCUGUCUCCAAAUUGAAACCAUUGCUGUUUUGCGCACAUUUAGUUUAGAGAGAGCUAAGACUAUCUUACUAACCAACAUUCUUAGAACAAAUACAAGUAUAACAAAGUUGGAUUUGUCUUUCAAUAAAAUUGGUGGUGUUGGUGCUGCUGCUCUGGCUGAUUGUUUGAAAGAGAAUACAUCUCUGACAGAGGUGAUUUUGUCUUCUAAUGGAAUUGGUGAUGCUGGUGCUGCUGCUCUGGCUGAGUGUUUGAAAGAGAAGACAUCUCUGAUAUAUUUGAAUUUGUCUUCUGAUGGAAUUGGUGAUGCUGGUGCUGCUGCUCUGGCUGAGUGUUUGAAAGAGAAGACAUCUCUGAUAUAUUUGAAUUUGUCUUCUAAUGUAAUUGGUGAUGCUGGUGCUGCUGCUCUGGCUAAGUGUUUGAAAGAAAAUAAAUCUCUGAGAACGUUGAAUUUGUCUAUCAAUGAAAUUUGUCAUGCUGGUGCUGCUGCUGUGGCUGAUUGUUUGAAAGAGAAUACAUCUCUGACAGAGUUGAUUUUGUGUUCUAAUGAAAUUGGUGAUGCUGGUACUGCUGCUCUGGCUAAGUGUUUGAAAGACAAUACAUCUCUGACACAUUUGAAUUUGUCUUCUAACGGAAUUGGUGAUGCUGGUGCUGCUGCUCUGGCUGAGUGUUUGAAAGAGAAUACAUCUCUGAAAGAGUUGAGGUUGUCUUCUAAUGACAUUGCUGAUGCUGGUACUGCUGCUCUGGCUGAGAGUUUGAAAGAGAAUACAUCUCUGACGAAUUUGAAUUUGUCUUCUAAUGAAAUUUGUGAAGCUGCUGCUGCUGCUGUGGCUGAGAGUUUGAAAGAGAAUACAUCUCUGACGGAUUUGAAUUUGUCUUCUAAUGAAAUUGGUAAUGCUGGUGCUGCUGCUCUGACUAAGUGUUUGAAAGAAAGUAAAUCUCUGAGAAUGUUGGAUUUGGAUAAAAAUAACAUAAGUGAAGCUGGUGCUGCUGCUCUGGCUGAAUGUGUAAAAAGAAAACUCAUCUCUAAAAAAUUAGAUUUCUGAACGGAUUUACCUUGGGGAAGCUGGUGCUGCUGCUCUGGCUAAGUAAGUAUUUGAGAGAAAACACAUCUCUAGAAGGGUCGU